AUUCUGUUUGGAGAUAUCGAUGGGGUUAGUGCUGGUCUCAAGAGUUUGGAUUGCAGGGAAUAAAUAAGCUACCUCGGUUGCAUCCUAGUUUUAUUUUGCGAACACAAAAGAAGUCCCUUUGAGUGGGUGAAGUGAGGAUGGCAAUGUCCUGCAAGGAUGGUAAGGGAGGGAUGAUGGACAAUGGCAAAUAUGUCCGCUACACACCUGAGCAGGUUGAAGCCCUUGAGAGGCUCUAUCAUGAGUGCCCCAAACCCAGUUCGAUUCGCCGCCAACAGCUCAUUCGCGAAUGUCCUAUCCUCUCCAAUAUCGAGCCCAAGCAAAUCAAAGUCUGGUUUCAGAACCGACGAUGCAGGGAGAAACAGAGGAAAGAGGCUUCACGCCUUCAAGCUGUGAAUAGGAAGCUGACGGCUAUGAACAAGCUUCUAAUGGAAGAGAAUGAUAGAUUGCAGAAGCAGGUGUCACAAUUAGUGUAUGAAAAUGGCUACUUUCGCCAGCAUACUCAGAAUACGGCUCUUCCGACCAAAGACACAAGUUGUGAGUCAGUGGUGACAAGCGGUCAACACCACUUGACGCCUCAGCAUCCGCCGAGAGAUGCUAGUCCUGCAGGGCUUUUGUCCAUUGCAGAAGAGACUUUAACAGAGUUUCUUUCAAAGGCCACUGGAACUGCUGUUGAGUGGGUCCAAAUGCCUGGAAUGAAGCCUGGUCCGGAUUCCAUUGGAAUCGUUGCUAUUUCUCAUGGUUGCACAGGUGUGGCAGCACGAGCCUGUGGCCUCGUGGGUCUAGAGCCUACAAGGGUUGUAGAAAUCCUCAAGGAUCGGCCUUCGUGGUUUCGUGAUUGUCGUGCCGUGGAUGUGCUGAAUGUGCUGCCCACUGCCAAUGGUGGAACCAUUGAACUUCUGUACAUGCAGCUGUAUGCGCCAACAACUUUGGCACCGGCUCGUGACUUCUGGCUGCUACGCUAUACUUCUGUCAUGGAGGAUGGCAGUCUAGUGGUCUGUGAAAGAUCACUUAGCAAUAUCCAAAAUGGUCCAAGCAUGCCACCUGUGCAGAAUUUUGUGAGAGCAGAAAUGCUGCCUAGUGGAUACCUUAUUAGACCUUGUGAAGGGGGCGGCUCUAUUAUCCACAUUGUUGAUCAUAUGAAUUUGGAGGCAUGGAGUGUGCCUGAAGUGUUGCGCCCACUGUAUGAAUCUUCGACAGUACUUGCUCAAAAGACAACUAUGACAGCUCUACGCCAAUUAAGGCAGAUAGCUCAGGAGGUCUCCCACUCAAAUGUCACCAACUGGGGCAGACGUCCAGCAACUCUACGAGCAUUUAGCCAGAGGUUGAGCAGGGGUUUCAAUGAGGCUCUUAAUGGAUUUACUGAUGAGGGCUGGUCAAUGAUGGCAAAUGAUGGCAUGGAUGAUGUUACUAUACUUGUGAACUCUUCCCCUGAGAAACUGAUGGGACUGAAUCUUUCCUUUGCAAAUGGAUUUACUUCCGUCAGCAAUGCAGUCCUAUGUGCGAAAGCAUCAAUGCUUCUGCAAAAUGUGCCUCCAGCAAUACUUCUUAGGUUCUUGCGUGAGCACAGGUCAGAAUGGGCAGAUAACAGUAUUGAUGCUUACUCAGCUGCUGCUGUUAAAGUUGGUCCCUGUAGCUUUCCAGGGUCCCGAGUUCCGAACAUCGGAGGUCAAGUUAUACUUCCACUGGCCCACAGCAUUGAGCACGAAGAGUUGCUGGAGGUUAUUAAGUUGGAAGGUGUUGGCCAUUGCACUGAAGACACAAUGAUGCCCAGAGACAUGUUUCUAUUGCAAUUGCUGGAGGUUAUUAAGUUGGAAGGUGUUGGCCAUUGCACUGAAGACACAAUGAUGCCCAGAGACAUGUUUCUAUUGCAACUAUGCAGUGGAAUGGAUGAAAAUGCCAUUGGUACUUGUGCAGAACUAAUAUUUGCGCCCAUCGAUGCCUCUUUCGCCGAUGAUGCACCUCUUCUGCCUUCCGGUUUUCGCAUUAUUCCUCUUGAUUCUGGAAAGGAAGCUUCCAGUCCAAAUCGCACCCUAGAUCUUGCUUCGGCUCUUGAGAUUGGGUCUGCAGGAAACAAGACUUCUAAUGAUCAUAAUGUUAUGAGCGGCAGUACAAGAUCUGUGAUGACAAUAGCAUUUGAAUAUGCUUUUGAGAUCCACAUGCAAGACAGUGUUGCUUCAAUGGCCCGACAAUACGUCCGCAGCAUUAUAUCAGCUGUUCAGAGGGUGGCAUUAGCACUCUCUCCAUCUCAUCUAAGUGCCCAUGGGGGUCUUCGACCUCCCCUAGGCACUCCUGAAGCACAUACACUUGCUCGGUGGAUCUGCCACAGUUACAGGUGCUAUCUGGGGGUCGAACUACUCAAAUCCAGCGGUGAAGGAAGUGAUUCCAUCCUUAAAACUCUAUGGCAUCACUCAGAUGCUAUUAUGUGCUGCUCUUUGAAGGCCUUGCCAGUAUUCACUUUUGCAAACCAGGCUGGUCUUGAUAUGCUUGAGACAACAUUGGUUGCACUUCAAGAUAUAACUUUGGAAAAGAUCUUUGAUGACCAUGGAAGAAAAAAUCUCUGCUCUGAGUUCCCAUUGAUAAUGCAGCAGGGUUUUGCUUGUCUUCAAGGUGGCAUAUGCUUAUCGAGCAUGGGCAGGCCAGUUUCUUAUGAAAGGGCUGUAGCGUGGAAAGUGUUGAACGAAGAAGAGAAUCCCCAUUGCAUUUGCUUUAUGUUUAUCAAUUGGUCGUUCGUCUAA